GUUUCCAUAAAAUCAAGCCUGGCAGAUCUGAAAUAUCAAAUCAAGAAGAAUCGUGAAGAAAUUGGGGAAUCAAGCACUGUUUUGGGCAAAAAUGAGGCCAUGCUAUUUGUUUCUAUCCAAAGAUUCCAAACGCUGGAGGGCCACCUAGAUACCGUCUGAUCACCUCUCGGCAACUUUGACGGGAUUAUCUGCCGUAGGUGUAGCAUUAUGACAGUGUGUGACACUGUCCUAUCUGUUAAAGAUAAAUGUCUCUUAAUUAUUUUCCCUCGAAAACUCAAACCAAUAAAUAGAAACAAACAAAAUUAUUUGUUUUGUUGGAUGAAUUUUUUGGGCUUCUCUUUCCCGAAUUUCCUUCUUUCUCUCUUCUAGUUUCACACUAAUUUUCGUGUCGACAUUAGGGAUUUCAUUUUGGGGGAGAAAACACACUAAAUUUUCUUCCAUGGCGAGUCGUACAUCUGAUCUUUUAGUUCAAUUUCAACCGGACGGCGAGUUGAAUCUUAAUUCUUUAGGUGAAUACGCUAAAGAACAUGUUCAUGGAUUUCCUUCUUCUCCAGUUAAAAUCGGUCUAAAACAAUUUGGAUAUGGUCAAUCGAAUCCAACUUAUCUAAUGGAAGUUAGUUCAACAGAAGGAGGAACAGAAGUUGUUAAAAAGAAAUAUGUUGUGCGAAAGAAACCUCCUGGGAAAUUGCUUCAAUCUGCUCAUGCUGUAGAAAGAGAAUUUCAGGUUCUGGAGGCAUUAGGUGUUCAUACACAAGUUCCUGUUCCGAAGGUGUUUUGUUUGUGUACAGAUUCGAGUGUAAUAGGAACUCCCUUCUAUAUUAUGGAGUAUUUGGAAGGACGGAUUUACUUGAAUCCCAAGCUACCAGGAGUAACCCCGGAGAAGAGAAAUGCUAUUUAUCAUGCAACUGCCAAAGCCUUAGCUUCUUUACACAGUGUUAAUGUGGACUUGAUUGGGUUAGGAAAGUUUGGCCGGAGGAAUGACUAUUGUAAGCGGCAGGUAGAGAGAUGGGGAAAACAGUAUAUGAUUUCAACUAGUGAAGGUAAACCUCCACGUGACCCAAAGAUGCUAGAAUUGGCUAGCUGGUUACAGCAACAUAUUCCUCUUGAAGACUCUACUGGAAGUCUAGUUCACGGUGACUUUCGUAUUGAUAAUUUAGUGUUCCAUCCUGUUGAGGAUAAAGUGAUAGGCAUACUUGAUUGGGAGUUAUCAACUCUUGGGAACCAAAUGUGUGAUGUUGCAUACAGCACUAUGCCUUACGUUAUGGAUGUAACAGAUGAUAACUCAGAAUCACCUGGUGGAUUCGAGACCACUGGGAUUCCUGAUGGGAUCCCUUCAUUAGCAGAAUUCCUGGCAGAGUACUGCUCUUUGACUGGAAAGCCAUGGCCAGCUGUGGACUGGAAGUUUUAUGUCGCCUUGUCCCUGUUCCGUGGUGCAUCUAUCUAUGCUGGGGUGUACAACAGAUGGAUUCUGGGUAAUGCUUCAGGAGGCAAGCGUGCCCAGGUUGCUGGGAAAUUAGGAACUAUUGUUAUAGAUUGUGCUUACACAUAUAUCCGCCGAAAAUCUGUGCUUCCAGAUCACCCUCCUCCUGGUCGUUUAUUUGCAGCAACUAAUCCGAAACAAUUUGCAACUGAGAGUGAAGGCCUUUCAAAAGACAGUGGGAAAUUUGUUCCCAGCCGAAAGAUUCUUGAAUUGAGAAACAAAUUACUGAAGUUCAUGGAAAAUCGCAUAUAUCCCAUGGAAAGUAAAUUCAGUGAACUUGCUCAGUCGAACAUGCGCUGGACUGUCCAUCCAGAGGAGGAGAACUUGAAAGAGCUGGCGAAAAGAGAAGGUCUAUGGAACUUGUGGAUACCUUUGGACAGUGCCGCUAGAGCAAAAAAACUGCUUUUUGAUAACGCAGAACGCACCCCUGGGAAUGGAAACAAUCUUUUUGGUGCCGGGCUUUCUAACCUCGAGUAUGGUUACCUUUGUGAGAUCAUGGGACGUUCUGUUUGGGCCCCGCAGGUGUUUAACUGUGGUGCACCCGAUACUGGAAACAUGGAGGUAUUGCUGCGUUAUGGAACUAAAGAACAACAACAAGAGUGGCUUAUUCCUUUGCUGGAGGGUAAAAUCCGCUCCGCAUUUGCGAUGACGGAACCACAAGUAGCAUCUUCUGAUGCCACCAACAUUGAGUGCUCAAUUUCAAGGCAAGGAGACUCGUACAUCAUAAACGGUACCAAGUGGUGGACAAGUGGAGCAAUGGAUCCUAGGUGCAGAUUACUAAUAGUUAUGGGAAAAACAGAUUUCAAUGCAGCUAAACAUAAACAACAGUCCAUGAUCUUAGUAGAUAUGAAAACUCCAGGAGUUCAUGUGAAGAGACCACUGAUGGUAUUUGGUUUUGAUGAUGCCCCUCACGGACAUGCGGAGUUAGUAUUUGAAAAUGUCCGAGUUCCAGCCAACAAUAUUCUGCUAGGGGAAGGUCGUGGAUUUGAAAUUGCUCAGGGUAGGUUGGGACCAGGAAGGCUUCACCAUUGUAUGAGGCUGAUAGGUGCCGCAGAACGAGGAAUGCAGAUAAUGGCCCAAAGGGCUCUUCAAAGGAGAGUGUUCGGGAAAUUGAUUGCAGAACAAGGUUCCUUCUUGUCUGAUAUGGCUAAGUGUCGAGUGGAGCUGGAGAAGACAAGAUUAUUAGUUUUGGAAGCAGCAGACCAGCUCGACCGGCUUGGAAAUAAAAAAGCCCGUGGAAUCCUUGCAAUGGCCAAGGUUGCAGCUCCCAAUAUGGCCCUCGAAGUACUUGAUAGGGCAAUACAAGUUCAUGGUGGUGCUGGUGUAUCAUCUGACACUGUUCUUGCUCACCUUUGGGUAACAGCUAGGACGUUGAGAAUUGCUGAUGGACCAGAUGAAGUUCACUUAGGCACCAUCGCCAAGUUAGAACUCCAACGGGCUAAGCUAUAGAUAAGUAGUCUCAAAAUUCUCGAAAAUGUAAUAAAACGCAUGACGAAAUAGAGAAAUAACCCAUGCAGAAUAAAAAAAUCAUGUACACAUUAAACCCCUAGUAUGUAUAAGAGACGCAUGUGCAACUGCUCUCUGGUAAGGGGAAUAAAUAUGAGCCGCAAUUUCUUACUUAAAAUAAGUUGGAUAACAGUAUUAUGUCCCAGUUGAUCAUCAUCAACGCUAGUUUUCUUUUCUUUUGGAAAACACUA